GUUGCCAGACUUAUUUCAUUGCAUUACAGCUGAUUGUGCAACAAAAUUAAUUUCGAUAACGAUAUCAAUCAUUUGUAAUAACACAAAAUAGCGCCAACAAUGAACAAUUCCAAAUAUCAACAGAAUACAACACAGGAAAUAAUCAACGAAGCUGAUUUGCAAAAGCAGAAGCAAAAACACUUACAACUUUUACACAAGUACAACAAUCUUAAAGAUGCCACACAAACGGUGCUCGGAGCCUUGGCGCAGGCAAAAGGAUUAACAGUUAAAGACAUACACAAGAUGUACAAUCUGCCUAGCCAUGAUUGAGGGCAAAACAAAUACAAAUAUAAGAUUCAUUUA